AUGCACAGUGGGCGUGGAAGAGACAAGAGCCAGCACCUCCUUCUCCUUGGCCACGCCCUCUGUGCAGAGGGCUGCAUUUUGGCGGAGGACUGGCUCUCCUUCCUCAUCAACAACGCAGCAGGCUCAGCCCUCCCCGCCCAGUGGGAGGCCGGAAACACAAAGCUCCUGCUCGGCACGAUACUGCAGGCGACCAUGGUGAUGCCGCACAUGCUCAUGCACCUGAGCACCAUUUCAUCCUGUCGCCCGCUGCUGCUGCUGCUCGCCCAGCACCUCUCUGCCGCCGUCGCCAUUCUCAGCGCAGACAACGCCGCAGACCUCAAGUCCAUCUGCCCAGAGUGCACGAACCUUGCUGCCAUGUACUCUGCGCUGCUGCAUCACAUCUGGACGGAGCACCUCCCUGUCGCCGCCAUGUGGCCGAACCAGCCCCCAAUCGCAUACACCGCUGCAGAGGAUGCUGCGACUUACGGAGAAGACCUCUCCUCAUGCUCUGCCGCAUUCAUCGACAGGAUGGCGCUGGUACGGGAGUUGACGGAUUUCAAGUCUGCGUCGCACCUCACUGCGCGCCAGUUCCCCGCCCGCUGCUUCAGCCUCCUCCUCGACGGUGCUGGACUGACGAAUUUGCCUCUGCUAACGACGUGGCAGCAGAGUGGUAACGGCGGCGGCUCGACACCCAGCACCACCACAUCCUCCUCCUCCUCCUCCUCCAUCAUGCCUCCCUCUGGUGGCGGCAUCAAGCCUGGCAUCCCAAAGUCGCACGGCUCGCGUGGUGCGCCGCCCACCAUCGCCAUUCGCCCGUCUGCAUCGUCGUCGUCGGCGUCAUCCUCGUCGCUCUCCCCGUCGCUGCUGUGCGGCGCUGGGGGCGGCGACGAUGUGGACAGCGCGUGUGAGGAUUUGGACGCGUGUCUUGACGCAAUCUUCUACACGCACCCGCUGGACCGUGCAAUGUGCCAUGACGCAACGAUGCAGCCAGACAAACAGCCACGCGGUGAUGGAGGCGAUGACGGUGCAGAGGUGAAAACGGAAGAGCCCUCAGACAACGACGUGGAUCCCAUGGACGAUGGUGGCGACGAUGGCGACGGUGGUGAUGGGAGCGAGCAAGCCGCGAGGCAUGGCAGUUGGAUGGAGCAGUGCGAACGAUUGCGGUUGCCACCUGCUGCCCGGAAUGGUCGUCACAAACGAGAUGGGGAAGAGCCGCACAUGACGGCGCUCUGUUCUGGCGUUGCCUGCAUGCACGAGGUCUUGCACUCGCGAUUCCACGUCUCCAAGGACUCCCCCUCCUCCUCGCCCACAGUUGCCCGUGCUUUCCUCAUCGCAGCCACGAUUGCACAUCUGAAGAUGCGACAGCUGUGUUCUGUUCACGGUAUUGACCGUAUGCGCGCGCUCAUCGCCAUCGCCGCCGUCUGCAAACAGCGCGAUGGUGUCUGCUCUGGUGGGACGGGCCAACUGUUGAUUGCACACAUGUGCAGCGUGGAAGCGCUCACGCUGGACGAUCUCAUUGAUCUUCCGCGACACACAAGCAGAGACAUUGCAUCGUGGGUGACCAUGUGUGCGGCGCCCGUAUGUUCGCGCGUGUGUUCGCGCAUGCGCUCGUUUGCUGCUUCUCGCCGCGCCGCCACCGGCCUCUUUGGCAGCAGCGGUGUCACCAUCCAGCGAACAAGCGAGGUUCGACCUGCAUUGCAGCUGGCCAAGUCCAUCAUCGACGUCCUGCAGUCGGCCUCUGGUCUGUCUGGUCUGCGGCUGCCGGAGGUUGAUCUUCCAUCAAACGCCAUCAUCAGCGCAGACGGCGAUGGUGGCGACAAUGAUCUUGACGACGGUAUCAGUGAUGGCAGCGGAACUGGCGGUGAUGAACACGUUGACAGCAGCGGCGCACAUACCAUCCAGCACGACGAACGCGACGCUCUUGCACACGCUGCGUCGCCGCCGUCGCAUUCAUCAUCAUCUGUGCUGCCACCACACCGUCGCCGUGAACUGGCGGAGUGGCUGCUGCUUGAGGUCAAGCGCUGCGGCGCUUGCCACCACACCACCACCGACAAUGUGCACACGCAGUCACUGCAACCCCGUGAGCAGCAGCGGGACGCUGGUGGCGGCACAUCCGAUGGUGCACCGACGACCACCCUGACGUGUGUGCUGAGUGGUGUGCAGGUGCAGGCCGUGUGCGAGGUGCUGCAUGAGCUCGGAUUUCCGGACGCUGCGCUGCGGUUUGCGCUGUGGAUCAUCGCCGAAACGGAGUGGAACGCCACUGCCCUUCUCGAUGCCGUCAUUGCCAGCGCUCUCCUGCCAAACGCAGCCCUCCUCAAGUGCAUGCCAGAGACCUUGGUCGAGGUGUAUGAAGCGCUCCUGCCGUUGCUUCGCACAUCCACGCCGUCGCCUGUCGCCAUUUCCGCUACCCCAUUCCUCUCAUGGGUGCAUGGCGUUGUUGGUGAUAUUCUUCCUGAGGACGCUGCGUUCAUACCGCCAGCACUGCAGGAUGUGGCCAAUCCGCGCUUGUCAAGCAGCAAUCGCACGACGACGUCGGUGUUCGCAUCGUUCCUCGCGGAUCCAACACCGUCAAUCCUCUCCUCCCUCCUCGAAUCAUCAUCGUCAUCGUCGUCAUCACAGACAGCGUUGGAGACGAAGCUAAUGGACGAGACGCUCUCUGCGCUGUGUGGCCGCUCACCGGCAGACAAGACGCCAACGCCGCGUGCAGAAGCGUGCGCGUAUGCGAGAAAUCUCGCCGGCGCCAUUUGUCGGUGUUUGCAUGCAAGCACAACAGCACGCUCCAUCCUCUUCAAAGUCCUUGAAGCGAAACUCCGCACACUCAACGCGUCCUCUCCUGAACACACACCCAUCUCCCUGGCCGCAUUUCUGCACGAGUGCAUCUCCACCCGCUUUCUUCCGCCAGCAGCAGUGUGCAGGCUGCUUGCGCAUGCGCUGCUGCCGUCGCGCGGCCCGCCCACGCCGUCAGCGCCGGUCCAGGCCGUUGUUGCUGGCAUCGUCUACAGCAGCAUCAGCGAUGGCGGCGACCGCGGUGACGCUGAUGACGACAACGCGAACGAUGCAGCACCAGCAGCAGUCGUGGCGGACAGCGAGCCCGCCGACACAGAGAGCGAGUUGGAGGAUGCGGUGGAGCGGGCGUGGAUGCUGCUGCGGCCUCCCUUUGACGGGCAGACCGAGCAAGUCCAGCUGUUCAAGCUCCUCGUGCUGACGUUGCCUGCAGGCAAUUCCAAAUCGGGCGGCGCGCGAAGAAGCACCAGUGGCACCAGCGGCCCCGAAAGAGGCGGCCCAGCGCGUGCUGCUGGUGGUGUGGCGCCACCGUUGGGAACUGCGCCCGAUACGCGGCCACUGUGGGUGCGGGUGAUGUGGCGCGUGGUGCAGCGGCUGCUUCCGCUCGUGUGCGAGCACGUGCAUCUGUCGACGGCGGCCAUGCUCGCGUCCAGCGUCAUCCCCGUGUUUCGCGCUGUGCUGGUCGGGCACUUGCUGCCGGUCAAGCACCACCACAGUGAUAGCAGCAGCGCUUGCGGCGAUGAUGUUGCUGUUGCUGCUGUGAAGACGAACGAUAGCGACGCGAGCACCGGUGGCGACGACGGUACUGCGGCUGAGGAUGCCUGCACCGCCCAUGCCGCUGUUUGGAGGGACACAUGCAAACCGCUACCAAUCGAUGUGGCGCGGGCGCUCAUCCGAACACUUUGUCGAUCUUGUUCACCAGCCACACUCUCAUGCACACUUCAUCUCAUCAAGGCUGUGCAGAAGGAGUGCGAGUCCGUGCAAGACCUCAAAGACCACAUGCACGACGACAUCAUGACUGUAUUGUUGGAGGGCUGCUGCGACGCGGAAUGCAUGGCAUCGCUGCUGUCCAUGUGUGCGACCGUCACGAAAGAGGGCUUCUUUCGUGUGAUGAACAACGUGCUCGAUGCAGAUGUGCCCCUUGCUGAGGCGCCCGCAUUUCCGUUGCUGCUGCGCUCGUGCGUCCACACAAAAUCGCCGCUGUUUGCGACGAUUCUCGCAGACACUGCAGACGCGCUCGCCGAGUUUAUUGCUCGAGCAGCCGCAGACCAAAUUCCAUCACUUGCUGCCAUCAUCAGCGGUGUUCGCUGCGUCACCAUCCUUGCAGCCGCAUGCGCAGACACCAAUGCUGAGCGCCUUGCCUCCCGAGUCCAUGACUUCUUGCUGAAGACGAUUCAGCUUUAUGUGUGGUUUGCACGCAUGAGCGCUGGGGACCUGCCGACCCCACCAGCCUGGUCUUCGUCUGUCGUGUCGUCCGUUCUCCUGCCGCUGGCGGAGCACGCCCUCUGCGUGACAGCGGACGUGCACCGGGCCAUGGCCAACCCGGCGACGCGCGAGUAUCAGGACCUGAUGAAGCACACGAUCCGCCUGUGCCAGCGCCUCACAGACAGCCAACGGCGCGUGGUGUUUGCCAUGGUCCCACCGCUCGCCCUCACACCUGUCACCACCUUUGAUUUCGAAUCAUCACGAGGAACAGUUGCUGAAAGCAGAAGCGAACACGACGAUGAAGACGAUGACGGCAUUGCACGCGCGAUUGAUCCUGUCACCGCACGCAUUCCCCGCGCCCUUCUCAUUCCCCAGCACCGCGAUAGCAACUCCAUCUCCUGGGAACAUGUUCGCGGCAAGCUGGUGAAUCCACCCAGUGCACUGUUAGCCUCCGCGGGCACGGGUCGAGAUGAUAACAUCGUGGACGACGCCGAUAAGAGCAUCAACGCGAGCAGCGGUGCACACCAGCACCAGCACCAGCACCAGCAUCACUCGUCUCAUCAUCGCACAGGCUCCAGGCACCAAAGCACAUCUCCUUCCAAGCGAAGGCAUACCGACACAGACCCCUCCCCUGCGCUCAAUGCAGAUUCCACGGGUGCUAACGACGCGCCACAACCACCACACAAGCGCUCACACAGCACUAUACACACCUAAACAGAUGCGUUGUCGUGCAUACUUGCGGGUGUGCGUGUAUUGUAACAACAUGAAGACGGAAUGAGCAAAACCGCAUUAAAUGUUUCUACCCAACAGCUCAGGGUCUGUCCCAAAGGCUGCACAGGAG